GGGGAAAAAACACUUAGCUCUGAACUUGCUUUAUCGACACCAACAAAGAUAUUGAAUGAAGAGAUAAGUUUGGAAAGAUAACUCAACAAAGACGACCACCAUACUUCAAAAUUAUACUCUGAAGCAAAGAAAUAAUUAUCACUACACAGAUACAAAUGGAAGAAAAAGAAACAGAUUGCCCUAUAGUGCAAUGUAUAAAUAACGACUGCCAUGAAAUCAAGAAAUUACUAAAUUGCAGCAACAUUCAUGAAGUUUAUCCCUAUGGAAAGUGGAAUGACUACAUAAACCUACUGACUGCUGCUGUUAUAAAUCGCCAUGAGGAAAUGUGUACUGUCCUACUGCAAGAGGGUGCAGACCCAAACAAGGUGUCAAAAAAUGGCUUGACUCCUUUGCAUUAUGUCUCACUAUCCAAAGCACCACUUGCUUUUGUGACAAAACUGCUUAAAGCAAAAGCUAAUCCAAAUGGAUGUGGUGUACAGCCAUUCACACCACUGCAGACGGCUGCCAUCAACGACAGGGACGAUGUCAUGAAAGAGCUCAUCUCUGCUGGAGCACUGGUAACAAUUUUUCAAGUCAACGAUCCUGAACAUAUCACUCACAAUAAAAAAAUCUCUCAGAUGAUUCAUAAUCUUGCUUCAAAAGGAGAUAAAUUAUGCUCCAAAAUCAGACAUUUCCUGGAUAUGGAAAUUGCUGUGCGAGGGGAGCCAUCUGACAAAGUGUUCAAAACGUUUGACAGUCACAUGCUGCAGGAGCAUCCUCAGACCCAUCUGACCAUGAUUGAAGUGCUCUUCAAUGUUAAUGGGCCAGGUAGUGAAAAAUACAGAGUAGGAAGUAUCAAAUGGCUGAAAAACACUGAAAAUAUGAACACCUACAUUGCAGACGCAGUCAGUCGCCUUCCAAACAUCCCUGCGAUACAUGUAAAGAAGGCCAUUGAUAGUUUACAUGCAGUUAUCUGUACAAUGGAAGACAUAUCAAAUGAGCAAGCUCUAGCUGUAAUCCCCCAACUACUGGACCGGCUUUGCUCAGAAGAGAAACAUGAUAUAUUGGAAGCUGUUGUACAAACACUGUAUGUGAUAACACAGAAAUCAAAAGACACAGACGGCUGGGAUCCCAACUUUCAGAAGUUAUGCAAAAUAGUUGCUCCUAUGGUAGAGGACCAACACAUCACACACAGCAUAGACAAUAUUUUUCCAUCAGGGGGGUUGACUUCAGUUCCUGAGGACAUAGUGACAUCUGCAGAUAUGAAGAUGCUAAAAGAUCUGAAAGAAGUGCUCAGACGACUGAAAAAUCUCACUUCACCAAACUUGGAAUGUGAGUACUGUACAGCCUUACCUGGAUCCAAGACAAAGAAGGAAAAGUCACAGAAGCAAGAAGACCCAAAUGAUGAUGAAGUUUUAACUGCUACAACUGAUCUAACAUCAGCUCCUAUUGUGGAGUCAACUUCAAAUGUUAAGCCAUUCCACUUCAACACAACACCAAAAACACACAAAUGGCUACAGAUCAGCAAGAGGUGGGAGAGAAAAAUAGAGAAGCUUCUGAGCACUGAUGACAGUAAAGUAACCAGAAUUGGAGCAUGAUUUAUG